AUGUCUCUUCGGCAGAGCCACCAAAUGGAGGAGCUGGGUGUUUCCAAGGCAGCAUCAAAAGUCCUCAACUGGCGAAGACCCUGCAAGCUCGAGAUAAAACUCGCAGAUUACUACCUUACGAAGAUCUACUCGUCUGGGUCUCUUGUACAAGGCCAUUUAACUAUUUUACCGAUUGCUGAUAUUUGCGCUUCCUCAAUCACUAUCUCCCUCGAUGGCGUCACGACGAUUCGCACAGUCGGACAAAAGUUGACAACUACGACUACACACCGCUUGCUGAAGAUGGACUUGAUUUCCCCAGAUAUUCUUGGCUUGGUCGGAACAACGCUCAGGAAAAAUGGCUCGUAUGAAAUACCUUUUCAGUUCACUUUGCCCGAUCAACUGGACUCGACGGCGUGCACGCACAAUGCUGUAUCAAAGACUGCCACGGAGACGCAUUUAUUGCUCCCUCCAGCAGUAGGAAGAGAUUGGGAUCGAGAUGACAUGAGCCCUGGGGUCGUCAAGGUUGAAUAUGGAAUCAAUGCUUGCGUCACAUCGAGCACGCCUCUGGAUAAGGGUCACGGUCAAGUCUUUACGACCAAGAGAACCAUACGAUUCAUUCCAAGAUUAAGCGAGAGCCCGCCUCUGCAUGUAUCGCUGACAAGCCCGCGAUAUAAGCUUCAAGGCACGAAAUCUCUCCGGGGUAAUUCGCUCAAGCGUCCGUUUGGAACCAUCAGCGCUGCAGCGAUGCAGCCUGAACCACUUCAUCUCCAAGCGUAUGGAACCGUCAUUGUACCCACGGUCAUUGAUGUCACAUUGACGUUCAAUCCUGACAUCGAUGGAAUCACGCCCCCGAAAUUGGACAGCACAUCUCUUUCCCUCCGAUCCUACACUUGGCAUCAAGCCGACCCAUACCAAGCAUUUCCUGACCAGGAUGAAAAGCCCAGCCUGAAGCAACCAUUCGUUGUGACCAUUGCGUUGGCCGUUGACUGUCCGCAAAUAACAUGGGCACGACAUGGUGAUCAUGCACUGGAGGACAAAACUCCAGGGAGCUCGUCUGUGGAGUUUUACAGUUCUACGCUGCAGCUACCAUUAUCUGUCUCGGUCGGUAACAAGACCUUUUUGCCGACAUUCCAUUCCUGUCUUAUUUCUAGGACUUAUGAUGUGUGCUUGCGUCUUGGGUUCAAGAAGGGGGAUUUGACAAUUGUAGCACCUCUCCAAAUUAUAGCUGAUCCUUAA